AUGUCUGCAUCCGCGAUACCAGGAGCUACAGACGAGUACCGGCUUCCCCUCGACCUCAAGCCGACCCAUUAUGAGGUUACCAUCCAAACCGAUCUGGAGAAGCAGACGUUCAGUGGUUUCGUGAAAGCCCACCUCGAUGUGGUCAAGGAAACCUCCAAAGUUGUGCUGAACACUGCCGAACUCGAGCUGGGCACGGCCUCGGUGUACUCCCAUGCAUUGCAGAAAGAGCAAUUCCAAUCCGACCAAUCCUUCGAUGCCACCCAGGAACGCGCUGUAUUCCACUUCCCUACUCCUCUGCCUGCCGGAUCCAAGGCGCAGUUCCAGAUCUCUUUCUCUGGGCCGUUGACUGGCAGCAUGACUGGCUACUACAAGUCCUCCUGGGAGGAAGAAGGGAAGCUCAAGUACUACGCUUUGACUCAGUUCGAACCCACAUCUGCUAGACAUGCAUUCCCGUGCUGGGAUGAACCUUUACUUAAGGCAACCUUCGAGAUUACCAUGGUAUCACGCGCGAACACCGUCAGUCUGAGCAACAUGCCCUCCGUCUCGGAGGAGGUGUACAAACCCGGAAACGUCGAAGCCGACUCCGCCCUCGGAAAGCUCCUCUCAACUCUCGAUCAUUCGGAGGAAUGGAAAAUCACCAAAUUCCAGCCGACCCCGCCGAUGUCAAGUUACAUCGUUGCAUGGGCGAAUGGAUCGUUUGCACACUUGGAGAAGAUCAUCACCAGCCCCCUGACAGGAAAGGAGCUCCCCCUUCGCAUGUAUGCUACCCCCGACAUCAUCCACCAAGCUCAAUUUGCGCUGGACGUGACCGCCAAAGUUCUCCCCAUUUAUGAGCAAGUGUUCGAUGUCGCUUAUCCCUUGCCUAAGCUGGAUACUCUUGUUGCCAGCGACUUUGACGCUGGCGCCAUGGAGAACUGGGGUCUCAUCACUGGUCGCACUAUCGCUCUUCUCUUCAACCCAGAACGAGGCGACCUCGCAGCCAUGAAACAAGUCGCCACCACCCAAAGUCACGAAGUGGCCCACAUGUGGUUCGGCAAUAUUACAACUAUGGAAUGGUGGAAUUACUUGUACCUCAAUGAAGGUUUUGCGACCUUGAUGGGAGAAGUUAUCAUCGCUGGUAUGGUAUUCCCCGAAUGGAAAGUAGACUCGGAAUUCAUCUCUGGGCACUUGAACCGCGCCCUCGCCCUCGAUGCCAAACUCUCGUCCCACCCCAUCGAGGUCGACUGCCCGGAUGCCAAUCACAUUAACCAGAUUUUUGAUGCACUCUCCUACUCUAAAGCUGCCUCUGUGUUGCGCAUGUUGUCCAACUAUGUCGGAGAAGACCUCUUCCUCAAGGGUGUCUCGAUCUACUUGAAGAAGAAACUCUACGCUAACAGUGUGACCACCGACCUUUGGCAAGGCAUCAGCGAAUCCACCGGCGUUGAUGUCGUCAAGCUCAUGGACAACUGGAUCACCAAGAUCGGGUUCCCCGUGUUGACUGUGACAGAAACCCCUGAAGGCAUUAAUGUCCGUCAAGAUCGUUUCCUAGAGACCGGUCACGCUGAUCCCAAAGACAACGAAACCAUCUGGAACGUGCCCCUCAGUAUCUUGAGCGUUGACGCCAACGGAACCGCCGCGGUGGACAAGAAGCCUGUCCUCGAAGAACGCGAGAAAUUUUACCCUCUCGAUACCAGCAAGAUCUUCAAGCUGAACGCCGGCACGACUGGUGUUUACCGAGUGCUUUAUACCCCUGAACGUCUCGCGAAGAUCGCUGAGGAGGCGGCGAAGGAGCCCUCGCCCUUCUCACUCAAUGACCGCAUUGGGCUGGUCCAUGACUCCAUGCAACUCGCUCGCGCUGGCCAUGCCAAACUGAGCAGCGCGUUGACCCUAGUCAGCGGCCUUAGGAACGAGCAAGAAUAUCUCGUCUGGUCCGGUAUCGCUGAGAAUCUUGGCUCUCUCGCGUCGAUCUGGUGGGAGAACGAUCAAGCCAUUGAACUCAUCAACAACUUCCGCCGGGCCCUGUUCGUGCCUCUUGUGGAUAAGUUGGGCUUCGAAUACGCCGACGAUGAAUCUGCGGACAUUCGCCAACUGCGGACGCUCGCUAUCUCAGGUGCUGCCCAGGCAGGCGAACCGAAGGUUGUCGCCGAACUGCGAGCACGAUUUGCUGAGUAUAUGAAGACGGGAGAGGAUGCCAAGAUCCCCGCUGAUCUGCAAAGGAUCAUAUACAGCAUGGCUGUACGACACGGCGGUCGCGCGGAAUACGAUGCCGUGAUGCAGAUCAAUGACAAACCCAAAGCACCGAGCGCCAGGACAGCUGCAAUUGUUUCUCUCUGCCAAACUCGGGACGAUGCACUGCUCCAGGAGACCUUCCAGUAUAUCCUCAACAAAUCACGGGAUCAGGACGUCGUGUACUUCUUCCGCGGGCUGGAGACGAACGUCAAGGCCCGCCGACCGGCUGCACAGUUCUUCAAGGACAAUUACGACACCUUAUAUAAGCGUUUCGAGGGCAACUUCACCCUCAAGUACCUUGUGGAGAUGUCAUUCAACAGCUUGUCAACUGAGAAAGACUACAAGGAGAUUGUCGACUUCUUCGCGGACAAGGACAAGUCUAAAUACAACCUCUCGCUGUCGCAAGUUUUGGACACUAUCCGGGCGAAAAUUGCGUACCUUGAGCGCUCUACGGACGACAUGGUGGACUGGUUGGCGAAGUGGCAAAACGGGUCCAAGUUGUAG